AUGAAUAAUUAUAUCGAAAGUAACAGUGAUACGAGUGAUGCAUUAAAAGCAUUACAUGCAAGAUAUCAAUUUAUUAAUAAUGAUCUUGAUUAUAAUCGAUUUCUUCGCAAUAAUAAUAGUUUGUUGAAUAAUGAAUGGAUCAAUAUUCUUGCAAGUAAUACGAUAGCCAACAAUAAUGGUAUUAAUGUUGUAAGUAAAAAUGAUUCAAAUGAUGAUGAUGAUGUAACAAAUACAUUAAUUAUAAAUUUAACUUCUACAUAUGGACCAACUAUUAGUAUUAUAAAUGAAACAACAGAACUAAAAGAAAAUAAACAGAAUAUGUGCAAGAAUGAAGAAAAAGAAAGAAAAACUAGAACUAGUUCUGUUUUAUUCCAACAUCAUAUAGAUAUUAAAGAUGAAAUUGAUUGGUUAUACAAUGAUACAAGAACAAUAACACACGAAGAAAUUUUAUCAGUUAAAGAAUAUUUGACCAUCAAUCGACCAUUAACUGAAUUUAAUGAAUCUGCUUUAUUAGAUCUUAAUCCUAUCCUUCUAUCAAUAAGGUUUGCCACUCUGACAAGUCAUUUUAUUGUUGUACCUAAUUGGUCUAUUGUUCAAGAGAAUGGUGGAAUUACUUCGUGUCAUGGUCGACCACAACAACAUUCUUCUCCUUAUAAAAAUCAAUGGUUUGGUGGAGAUAUUUUUCAUUUUAUAGAAUUAUUCGAUUUUCCUAAAAAUAAAUUUAUUGGUAUUGGCCAUUUCUUGGGUGGACAUGCAUUAGUGUUUGCUGCUACAAUAGCAUCAAGACGAUUAUUUCAAUCACUACUCUCACCUUCAUCAUGUUAUGAAAUUACAAAGAAUAAACUUGAAUCUAUUCUACGUUGA